UGCUCUCUCUCUCUACUCACCUCUACCUCUGCUCUGCUCUAUAUAUCUACUCUACCACCGCUGCAGGCCACACUAGCGCCCCGUGACCGUAGACUGUGUGCUUGUAGCGUCGUGAGGCUGACAGUGUGUGUGAGCGAGUAGAUGAACACACGUCUCUCGGUUUGAGAACAUCUUGGAGCAUUAUCAAAAAUGUCCACAAGAGCAUUGAGAAAAUUGCAAGGAGGAAGGGGAGAUUUGGACUUGCCCAACAGCUGUCCUGAGGAGGAGGAGGAUGAUGAUGAACAGGAGGUAGAAGAACCUCCAAUAGUGCCUUCAAAGGGACAAAAUAGAUUUGAUUUGUUGAUCCAGGGAUCUCCAUCAGAGUCUGAGGUGAAGGAAGACGAUGACUUGACUGAACCUGGUGAAGGCAGAGAGGAUGUUCAUCGGGAUGGCCUUUCUCCACAGCCUCCUCUUGGGUCUGGAGCUAAGCGAAAACGUAAAAAGAAGAAGAAGAGAGGUAGAGUAAGAGUCCCUGCCAGCAGUGAAGAUCCAACCGAUAAUGAUAAGGAUGAGAUAGAUAACAUCAUUGAAGAAGUAAAUGCCAUUUCCGGCGAGACUCGGGUACAAGUCAGUGUUGAAAAAGCCACAAGUGAUAAACUCGCACGAAAUCUACUGAAUGUGGAGCAUAAGCACCUGAACCCCCAGAAUGAAAUGAAGCGGAUAUUUGGCUCUAAAGUUGUGCAGGCUAAUGAAAACAACAGACGCCGGGGCAGAACUGGUAGAUCAGUAAGGUCAACAUGGAUUGUUCAAGGACAUCCAAAUUGGGCAGCACAUCCUCGGCCAGGUAUAUCCAUGGUUGUGGCCGAGUCCACACCGACUUAUCCAGUGUUCAAGUAUGUCCACAGUCAAACAUAUCAGCAGUUCCAGUUCCGUUUUCUUGAGGCUGUUGAAUCUUUAAACCCCGAAAAUAUUAUGACUCUACUCAACCAUGAACCCUUCCAUGUGGAUACUCUUCUUCAAGUCUCUGAAAUAUUUCGACUUGGUGAUGAUUCUGCCAUGGCUGCUCAGCUGAUUGAGAGAGCGUUGUAUGUGUUGGAGACAGCUAGUCAUCCAUUAUUUAAUAUUGCUACUGGUGUUUGCAGAUUGCAGUAUCGUCAACAGGAAAAUAGGAGCUUGUUUAUUGCUCUCUUCCGUCACAUACUCAACGUGGGGCAAAAAGGGUGUUACCGUACUGCCCUCGAGCUGUGUAAGCUGCUGCUGAGCCUCUCUCCUGACGAUGAUCCUAUGGCUGUCUCUCUCAUGAUAGAUUUUUAUGCCCUCCGUGCUCAGGAAUACGAAUGGCUGGUUGCACUCUAUGAUAUGUAUGAACCCUCUAAAAAUCUCUCAAUGCUACCUAGUUUUUCUUACUCGGUACCCCUUGCACUGUUCCACCUUAGUGUUGGUGGGGAUCAACCAUCAGGACGGGACAAGCGAGAGGCAGCUAAGGCGGCAGCAUUGGCUGAGGAAUUGGGGAGUGUAGAGGAGAUGCGGAAGCGUGCAGAUACAAUGAUACAGAAGGCUCUUAUCAUGUUCCCUGGUGUAUUGAUGCCUCUGCUUGAUAAAUGUAAUAUUCAGCCAGACCCAGUUGUUGCUAGUCAUGCAUUCUUUGGUCCAGCAGCACAAAUACAACAGAGUAAAGGAUUGACUCAGAUUGUCAACCUGUAUGUGGGCCGCUGCUAUCACGUAUGGAAAGAAGCAGGUGUCAUGACAUGGCUGGAAGAGAAUGUGCAAGUUGUCCUGGCUCGUGUAGAUAGUGGUGACCCACUAGUGAAGGAAGGAGAAGAGAUUCGUAAAGUGCGGUACCAGGGGACACCCAUGGCAAUUUACCGCCACAUUCUUAUGGCAGAAAUCAAGCACGCUACUGCAGCUCUACCUGCUGCCCUUGCCAACUCUCCAGUAAUGAGUUAUGAUCCUUUACCACCACCUGACACUAUCUGUGGCUAUAGUAGACCGCCUUCAUCUAAUCAUCCAACAAGUAAUUCAUCAAGUAUUUUAGCUUCAUUCUUCCGUUCGCUGCUUCCCAACUAUGACCCAAACGCUCCAGACCCUGACGAAGGUGCAGAGGGUGCAGUAGCAUUGCAGGAAGCAGGAGGCGAGGAAGAAGGACAAGCUGUUGGAGAUUUGAGAGCUUCGGUGAAUACACUCCUUGAUGCCAUGAGGGACCUCCUCUCAAACAUACACCUCCCAGAACCUCCAGGAAAUGAGGCAGACAUGUCAGAGGAAGAAAACAAUGAGUGGGAUUGAGUUGAGGCUCACAUGUUAAAAAUGCCAGGAAAAUUUUAGAAUAAAGAGUUAAAGGUUAUUUACUGAUAAGCUGAGACUUAAACACAGAUUUCAAUAGACUGCCUUGUAUCCAUGCCAGUUAGUUUAGAAUUUGAACUUUGUACAGGUGCUUUUUAAAAGAAACUUUGUACAUUUUCUGAAGUGUUAAAACUAAAUACAUACAGUAUAGAAUUACAUGUACUUAAAGGAAAUUUUCAAAUUGCUUUUUACACAUUUUAUAUCUAAUUUGUACAAUAUUUGCAGUUUCAUAGCUCCCUAAAAGUACUUAUCAAGGGUACAACAACUAAUUAGAUUUUGUUAUUCCAUGGGAAGUCAUUAAUUGCUGUGGCUUUGUCAUGUUAUGCACUGAUAAUCACUGUUAAUUUUCACAUUAAAAAGGUAUUUAUUAAUAAGAUUUUUAGGCACCUGUUAUGUAGCCGAGUUGGUGAUCUGAACGAUUGUGAAAGGCGGAUUGAGUGUGUUGAUACAUGCUUGAGCAUCUUUGCCAGAGCAAACAAAUACACACAUAUUUAAUUGUGAUGCUCUUUUAAAUUAAUUGGCUCAUUCAUCAGUUUAGUGAGUUGAUUUUUGUGACUCGGACACAUUGGUUUUCUUGGGCUCCUUUCUAAGAGUAUUGACAAAAUAACCUUUAAUGAGCCAAAUCAAAACAUGCCUCUCUUACCAGUUAUAUUUACCUUAUGCUCUGAUGGGGGGUCCUUUAUCUUGUGCUAUCCCGCACAUGCACUCGGAUUAAAGGUUGUCAUCA